AUGCUCCCAAGCGCGUUCCUCGCCCUCCUCGCCCUCCUCGCCAUACCUACCUCCGCCGCGCCGGCACGUUUGCCCAGCUCCGACCUCGUAGCCCGCCAGGCUCCUGGCGGCGCUGGUGGGACUGGAGGCGACACUGGCGGUGGGACUGGCACUGGCGGGACUGGCGGUGGGACUGGCGGUGGGACUGGCGGUGGGACAGGCGGUGGGACUGGCGGGACUGGAGGUGGCACUGGCGGGACUGGCGGUGGCACCGGCGGAGGCACUGGCGGCACUGGCACUGGCGGAGGCAAUGGUGGAACCGGCGGCAAUGGAGCUACCGCUGGCGGGACGGACGGGGGGACGGGCGGUGAUGCCGGCACUGGCACUGGUACUGGCACUGGUACUGGCACUGGUACUGGCACUGGCGGCAACGCUGGAACAGGGAACGGCGGCACGAAUGGCGGAAAUACUGGCGGCACGGGUGGCAACGCUGGUGCCGGAAACACUGGCGGCACUGGCAACACUGGCGGCACUGGAAACACUGGCGGCACUGGCAACACUGGCGGCACUGGCAACACUGGCGGCACUGGAAACACUGCUGGCACUGGGAACACCAACACCGGGAACGGCAACACGGGCAACAAGGGCAACACGGGCUCGACGAACAAUGCCGACAAACCAACCAACACCAACAACGACCAGACUUCGAACAAGCCGGACAAUACCCCAACGCCAACUGACACGGCUGAGGGGCCAUGGGACACAGCCGACCACACGCGCUAUCCAAUGAACAUUACGUGGCCGACCAAGGGCAGUUUCUGGUCGUUCGAAGCCACGGGCGGUAUUUGGUGGUCGUACGACGGGCCAAGUAAAGACGAGCUGCACUUCUUCCUGUGGAGUAACGAAACUAAAAAGGUCAAGACGUUCCGCGAGGACAACCCGGCCGACGGCAGCCUCAUCCCCAAGGGGCGUCUCCGGACGCGCAAGGACAAAAUCAUGGCCGACGAGGGCAACACAACCUUCUACCCGAUCCAAUACUACGAUCCCGGAGAGGCGUGCGUCGAGUGCCACGGCUCCACAUUCUACCUGCAAAUCGCCGUGCCAGAGUACUGCCCCGACCGGCCGGGGUACAACGCGUCCAAUGUGUGCAACUACACGAACGUGUUUACGUCGGAAGAGUUCCAGCUUAACUCGCAAGGGCCCAACGCGCCCGAGGUCGACAACCUCAUCCGCAACUACAAGUCCAAGGGGUGGAACGUUAGCUUUAUGAAAAACGCCGCCGCCGCCAUGGGCGCUAGCUGGAUCGUUGCUGCCGCGGCGGGGAUGGGGGCAGUCGCGAUGAUUCUGUAA